AUGGGUGCCGUGAAUGCGUUAGUUAUUGCUUCCGCAGAUGCUGCUACGGAGUUAUUCAAAAAUCAUGAUCAAGCUUUCUUAAAUCGUCACCCAAUCCAGGCGCUGCAACCAUUAAAGGGUGAUUUUCAAGCGACUCCAUGGUCUGCAUAUGGACCAAUCUGGCGAAUGAAUAGGCGGCUAUAUGCAACCAUAUUCUCUCGUACGACAAUGAAGAAUACUCUAGGUAAAAGAAGACAAUUCGUGGAUCAGAUAAUACGAUGGAUAUCGGUAGAAGAGAAGCAAGGUAGAAGUGUUGAAAUAAAACACUUAACUUUGGUUGCCUUUGCUAAUUUACUGGGAAAUCUUUUCUUUUCUAAGGAUGUUAUGGAUCUUAAAUCUUCAACUGGGACAGGACUCUAUCAACUGCUUGGGGAGAUUGUAGCAUUAUCUACAACGCCUAAUGUAGCUGAUUUCUUUCCAUGGUUACGAAAUUUGGACCCACAGAAUGUGGCCAAGAGAACGAAGAAGGCAGUCUAUGCAUGUGCAAACAUUCUUGAUGGCUUUGCAAAGGAGCGAAGGAGCACGGAUGUUUUACACAAUAACAAGGAGGAGAAGGAUUAUUGGGAUUUGUUGAUGGACUUCGAAGGCAAUGGCAAAGAUGAACCAAGAAAAAUGUCAGACAGACACAUUAAUUCGUUUAUAACGGAAAUUUUUGUCGGUGGAAGCGACUCACUGAUCAAUUCCGUAGAAUGGGUAAUGACAGAAGUUGUUCGCUAUCCGGAGGUAAUGAGGAAGGCCAAAGAUGAGCUUGCGCAAGUUGUUGGUUAUAAUAGAAAGAUUGAAGAAAGUGAUAUCGAGAGUUUACCUUAUCUAGGUGCGGUGAUUAAAGAAACAUUGAGAUUGCAUCCAGCAGCUCCUUUGCUAAUACCACGCACCACUGUUGAAGAAAUGGAAUUUAUUGGAUAUACUAUACCCCAGGACACAGCAGUGUUGGUAAAUGUUUGGGGUAUUGCAAGAGAUGCAGCUUUAUGGGAUGAUCCAUUCUCGUUCAAUCCAGAACGUUUCUUAGGAAAUACUACGGAUUAUCGCGGACAACAUUUUCAAUAUCUACCGUUUGGAUGCGGAAGACGUAUGUGUCCUGGCCUCCCCAUGGCUCACCAAAUCCUUCACAUUGUGGUUGGCUCAUUGCUCCAAUCUUUUGAUUGGACACUUGAAGAUGGCGUCACACCUGAAUCCAUUGACAUGAACGGAAAGUUUCAGGCGUCAUUGCAAAAGUCGAUUCCCUUAAGAAUAAUACCAAGAGCAUCGCCUCUUGCAGUGUGA